AUGGCGCUGGACAGCAAAACUGCGACUGUGACGGGUGAGAGAGAGGAAAAGAAAAAAAGAGAGGAAAAGAAAAAAAGAGAGGAAAAGAAAAAAAGAGAGGAAAAGAAAAAAAGAGAGGAAAAGAAAAAAAGAGAGGAAAAGAAAAAAAGAGAGGAAAAGAAAAAAAGAGAGGAAAAGAAAAAAAGAGAGGAAAAGAAAAAAAGAGAGGAAAAGAAAAAAAGAGAGGAAAAGAAAAAAAGAGAGGAAAAGAAAAAAAGAGAGGAAAAGAAAAAAAGAGAGGAAAAGAAAAAAAGAGAGGAAAAGAAAAAAAGAGAGGAAAAGAAAAAAAGAGAGGAAAAGAAAAAAAGAGAGGAAAAGAAAAAAAGAGAGGAAAAGAAAAAAAGAGAGGAAAAGAAAAAAAGAGAGGAAAAGAAAAAAAGAGAGGAAAAGAAAAAAAGAGAGGAAAAGAAAAAAAGAGAGGAAAAGAAAAAAAGAGAGGAAAAGAAAAAAAGAGAGGAAAAGAAAAAAAGAGAGGAAAAGAAAAAAAGAGAGGAAAAGAAAAAAAGAGAGGAAAAGAAAAAAAGAGAGGAAAAGAAAAAAAGAGAGGAAAAGAAAAAAAGAGAGGAAAAGAAAAAAAGAGAGGAAAAGAAAAAAAAGAGAGGAAAAGAAAAAAAAGAGAGGAAAAGAAAAAAAAGAGAGGAAAAGAAAAAAAAGAGAGGAAAAGAAAAAAAAGAGAGGAAAAGAAAAAAAAGAGAGGAAAAGAAAAAAAAGAGAGGAAAAGAAAAAAAAAGAGAGGAAAAGAAAAAAAAAAACUCAAAAAAAUAA